AUGAGCCCUCCAAUUGCCAUCGUUACUGGUGGCUCAUCUGGCAUCGGCGCAGCCCUCGUGGAAUACCUCCACUCCCUAGGUUGGAAUGUGGUCAUUGCAGAUAUCCACCACCCGAAGCACUCCCUGCCGGGCACUUUCUAUGUCCAUACCGAUGUGUCCUCCUGGGAACAGCAAGCACACAUGUUCAAACAGGCCUAUGACUGGGGAAAGCGGCUGGACUUUUGUGCGCUGAAUGCAGGAAUCGACGAUCGAGACGACAUAUUCAAUACGCUGUCGUACGACAUGCACAAGCCUCCCAAAAAGCCCAAUACGGACCCUUUUUCUGUCAAUGUCACUGGAACAUAUUACGGCAUCAAGCUGGCCGCGCACUACAUGACAGUCCUCAAUGGAGCGGCUGGCAAGUCGAGGCCCGGCGGUAAGAUCGUCGUCACCGGGUCUGGGGCAGGACUGGUCCCAUCCGCAUCCAACCCUCAGUAUACAGCCAGCAAGCACGCUCUCAUCGGCCUCGUCCGCGCACUGGGCAAAUCUGACGCCGCCCUCGCGGCCAACGUGCGCAUCAACACGGUCUGUCCCGCCAUCGUCGACACGGGCGGUCUGCCGUUGGGUUUCUUGGACAAGCUUCUUCCGGGCCAGAUCACGCCCAUGAGCACCGUCCUGCGUUGCUUCGACACCGUAGCCGACCUAGCGGGCAUCGCCAAGGACGACUGGGUCGAGCGCGGCCCUGCCGGCGAGACUCUCGAAGGGAAAGUGCACGACUUGAUCUGGCAUUAUCCGCCGGAGACGCAGCAGGGAGGGAACGCGAAGACUUGUUACAAGGUUCCAGACACUCACGCUGGAGGGGCAGCAGCACAACCCGACAAGGAGAGAAGUCACCACUGUUCAACUAAGGGAGAGACUACAGUCUUUUGGUAG